AGCUAAUAAACCUCCCUAGUAAGAGUACAGGAUAUCAACCGCAGUCACUGAGCUCCAGUAAGUAUGCCAGAGACAAGGAAGAGUAAAGGUAAAGGAAAGGAAGUAGAAGUGGUAGUUGGUAUACCCAAUCGGGCGAGACAACAAAGUGAGGCUCUAGAUGAGUCUCUAUCACAGACAUCUCCAACCCCUCCAUCCGUUGAUGUACCAGGAAGGAGUGAAAAUCCCCCAGAACCACCUGUUGAUGCUUCUGUGCAGGAUUUGAGAAAUGCAGUUCAACUGUUGACUCGUAUAGUUGUUGGCCAAGGUCAAAGACAAGAAGGCCCAGUUGCAGGUGCAGUUGGUGCAGGUAGGGCAGCCAGUACGAGAAUACGUGAUUUCCUUAACUUAGACCCUCCAUCAUUCAUUGGAUCAGAUCCAAAUGAAGAUCCACAGGAUUUUAUUGAUCAGAUCCAACGCACCUUAGAUGUUAUGCAUGUGAGUGGUUCAGAAGCUGCUGAGUUGGCAAUAUAUAGAUUGAAGGGUGUGGCUAUAUUGUGGUACGAAGCCUGGAAGCAGUCCCAAGGCAUAGAUACACCUCCAACUACUUGGGAGGAGUUCAAAAUGGCCUUUCUUGAUCAUUACUUUCCAUUAGAGAUCCGAGAGGCCCGUGCAGAUCAAUAG